AUGGGUAACAAACAUUCGAGCCAAGAGGAGUACUCGGAGAGGUACACUGACAAAUCUCGCCCAAAGUUAUUAUCGGUCAAGCCGAGGCCACCGAGCUCAUCAAAUGUGCACAAAGUGCAGAAUCGUCUCUCACACGCCGCCGUGGCUGCCGGUCCAAGAGUGCACGGGCCGAAGGGAUUGCCGGGAACAAAGUUACCAAAGGCCACCAAAACACCGCUGAAGGCGUCUAAACAACAGGCCAAGCCCGUCGCUGUCGUUCGACCGAAAGGAUCCUCCACUACCACUAAAAGCUGCCAUUCCUCGAAACUUGAAGAGCGUACACCGCCAUCGGCGAACGACGACUCGAGUCUGCAAGUGAACCAGGAGGCCACGCUGAAGUCUUCGGAAACGGCCAUCCCCUGCGACUAUGAAAACACGGAGGAUCGGCACAACGCUUUUGUCAAAGUCAAGCGCGAGGGCUCGCCGAAGAGUCAAUACGUGACGAACAUGGAAGCGACGGCCACCGCGCCCUACAUCAACCGGGCAACCUCCCCAUACGCCAACGACAAGGAUGAAAAUCGGCAGAGUGCGGAGUCAAUCGGAUCCAGCGAUAGCCGUUCCAAAUCCAUCGAUGUGAAAGAGGCGACCGAGCCAAAAGAGAAGGACCCGGACAACUCGUCGAGGUCGAAAAGCUUGAGGUCGGUCUCGAAGAAGACAACUCGUCCGACAACGCCGCCGCGCAAGAAGAUGACGCCCCAGAAUAGUGGCUUGAAAAUUGGCAAGAAAGAUGCGGCCGGGGAGGACCAGGAGAGCAGUCGGAGUAUGAAGAUUCGGAAGCAAGUGAAAGCGGCCAAUGCUGCGCACAAAGACUCGAAACGAGAAAAGAAGCGACCGCCUCCGUUGAAGCCCAUCCAGCCCGUCGCACCCCCGCCACCUAUCGUGCGACCGUCGGCUCAGAAGUUCCCGAAAGCCGAAGACCGGGCCAAGAUGCGGUCGUUGAGCAACGGGAAUAAGAGGGAUUCGACAACGACUCCACCCAAGGUCGAGCUCCAUCGCAAAAAUUCGGCCCCAAUCAUCAACAAGCAUGGGCAUCAGCAUCCGUUCUACCUGCGUCGCGAAGCCGUGCUGUCGAUCAGCAAGGACCUCGAUGAGCUGGAGCGCGAGUGGGAGAAGGCCCGCGACGAGACGGUCCCCCAUCCCGACGACUGCAAGGCGUUCUACGAUCCGAAGAACGUCUCCAAGAAUCGCUACCGGGACAUUCCAUGUCUCGACCGUACGCGCGUCAAACUACGCAACUGGUCCACGGAAUACAUCCAUGCCAACUACGUCAGCACCAAGGGCCACACGCAGCGCUUCAUUUGCACCCAGGGGCCCACCGAUCAUACGAUGGCCGAUUUCUGGCACAUGGUUUGCCAGGAGCGCUCAAAGUUGAUCGUCCAACUGUGCGACUAUUUUGAAGCGGGCAAAGUGAAAUGCGGCGACUACUUCCCCCGGGAACUCGGCCAACGCCUCUCCUACGGACCGUUUGUGGUGGCUUGCCUGGAGAUGUCAUCAUUCGAUUCGGACGACGGCGUCAUCCACCGUCAAUUCAAGGUGACGCGCAUCGUCGGCGAUCGCCACCUGGAGCAUCUGGUGGAGCAUUUGCAUUGGAGCAGCUGGCCCGAUCACGGCAUCCCCAAGAUCGGCAACACGGCCGCCAAUUUACUCGAUAAGAUUACAAAGAGCGUGUCACCGGUGAUCGUGCACUGCUCGGCGGGUAUCGGGCGCACUGGGUCAAUCGUCGCGCUGCAGUUGGCCAUCGACCAGGUCGAAGCAGGCGUUCCGCUCGACGGACUCAAGGAUAUAAUCGUGAGCAUUCGACGUCAGCGAGCUGGCGGGGUGCAGACUGAAAAGCAAUAUCUGUGGGUGUGCCGCACGCUGAUCGACCUGUGGUGCGACGACACGAUGAACUCGCAUCGACAAGUGACCCACUUCCGCGCCGACUACGACCAGCGCUUCGCCCUCUGCCACAAUCGCCUCCAAAAA